GUUUUUGGGAGCUUGCAAUUAUAUAUAAUAGAAAUACCGGUAGGUAGAUUAUCAGUUUAGUUUUCAAGUGGCAGGAAAAAGGACUAUUUUUUUGGCGGGAAAAGUCGCUGAAAAUCUUACGUGUCUGUGAGGACGCGAUGAUAAAAAGUCUGUUUCUUCUGGGCGCCGUAGCUUUAGUCUACGGUCGGCCCCAGAAUCAGGACAAUCGGUCCCUACCGGACGCCAGGUGUCCUGCUCUCACACACCACUUGCUACCACACGAAACUGAUUGUAGCAAGUUCUACUACUGCGAAUAUGGCCGGAGAUACAUAGAGCCAAGGGACUGCACUCCUGGGACUGCUUUCUCGUAUGAUAACCAGAACCAGGACAACCGGUCCCUACCGGACGUCAGGUGUCCUGCUCUCACACACCACUUGCUACCACACGAAACUGACUGUAGCAAGUUCUACUACUGCGAGUAUGGCCGGAGAUACAUAGAGCCAAGGGACUGCACUCCUGAGACUGCUUUCUCGUAUGACAACCAGAACCAGGACAACCGGUCCCUACCGGACGUCAGGUGUCCUGCUCUUACACACCACUUGCUACCACACGAAACUGACUGUAGCAAGUUCUACUACUGCGAGUAUGGCCGGAGAUACAUAGAGCCAAGGGACUGCACUCCUGGGACUGCUUUCUCGUAUGAUAACCAGCUAUGCGAUUGGCCGUGGAAUGUGAAAUGCCAACUCACUGGAAAUGAUAACGACGGUGAAACUGGUGACACUGGUGGAUCUGAUAACGAUUCCGGACCUGGUGAGGACAAUGGAACUGGUGAGGAUAAUGAAACUGGUGAUGACAAUGAUACUGGUAAUGACAAUGAUACUGGUAAUGACAAUGAUAUUGGUAAUGACAAUGAAACUGGUGAUGACAAUGAAGCGGGCAACGACAAUGAAACUGACAACGACACUGGUGGAAACGGUGAUAAUGGAGGAGGAGCUAACGUUGAUGAGGAUGAUAAAGUUGUUACCGAAGGCAGCGAGGAAGGUAGUGGGGGAAGUAACCCAGAAAGGCUACCCAAUGGCUGCCCUACAGACUUUGAUGUACAUUUGCUGUUGCCUCAUCCAACGAAUUGCUCCAGAUUCUACUACUGCGUGGAUGGCGAGAAGCGAGAAAAAAUUUGUCUCUCUGGUUUACACUUCAACAACGUCCUUCAGACAUGUGACUGGCCUUCAAAUGCUGGUUGUGAAGAAGGAAGUGGUGGCGGUGGUGGUGGUGGAGGUGGUGGUGGAGGUGGAGGAGGAGGUGGUGGUAGUGGAGGUGGAGGCGGAGUAGGAGGUGGUGAUGGUGUUGGAGGGGAAAAUGGUAGUGAUGGAGAUAAUGGCAGUGACGGAGGAAACGGAGGCGCUGGUGGAGGAGGAGGAGGAGGAGGAGGAGGUGGUGAUGGUGCUGAAGGAGAAAAUGGUAGUGAUGGAGAUAAUGGCAGUGGCGGAGGAAACGGAGGCGGUGGUAGUGAUGGUAGUGGAGGCGGUGGCGGUGGAGGAGGAGGUGGGGGAGGAGGAGGUGGUGGAGGAGGUGGUGGGAGUGGAGGUGGAGCUGGUGGUGGUGGAGGAGGAGGAGGAGGAGGUGGUGAUGGUGCUGGAGGAGAAAAUGGUAGUGAUGGAGAUAAUGGCAGUGGCGGAGGAAAUGGAAGUGGUGGUAAUGGAGGUGAAAAUGGGGAAGACGGUAGUGAUGGAGAAAACGGCGGUGGUGGUGAUGGAGGUGGUGGAGCCGGAAGUGAAGGUGAAAAUGGCGGAAAUGGUGGAGAUGGCGACAAUGGAGGUGGAGGAGGUGGAGGUGGUGCAGGUGGAGGAGGUGUUGGUGGUGUUGAAGGAUGGCUACCGAAUGGUUGCCCAGCUGACUUUAACGUACACUGGCUGCUUCCCGACCCAGCAAACUGUUCGAGAUUCUUCUAUUGUAUAGAUGGCUUGAAACGUGAACAGAUGUGUAAUCAUGGACUGCACUUCAACCCUGUUCUUCAGAUAUGCGACUGGCCUUGGAAUGCUGGCUGCGAAGGUGGAAAUGAUGGUGGUGGAGGAGAAGGAGGUGGAGGUGGUGGUGGAGAUGGUGGAGGUGGAGGAGGUGGGGGUGGUGGUGGCGGUGGAGGCGGUGGAGGUGGUGGAGGCGGCGGAGGUGGUGGUGGAGGUGGCGGUGAAGGUGGAUGGCUACCCAAUGGCUGCCCUGCUGACUUCAAGGUGCACUGGCUGCUGCCACACGCUAACUGCUCCCGAUUCUACUACUGCGUAAAUGACCAAAAACGAGAACAAGAAUGCCAACCCGGCUUGCACUUUAACCCAGUCCUUCAGGUAUGUGACUGGCCCUGGAAUGCUGGAUGUGAAGGAGGAAAUGGCGGAGGUGGUGAUGGAGGAGAUGGUGGAGAUGGAGGAGGUGGUGGAGCUGGAGGAGGUGGUGGUGAUGGAGGAGGCGGUGGUGAUGGAGGAGGUGGUGGAGCUGGAGGAGGUGGUGGUGAUGGAGGCGGUGGUGGUGAUGGAGAUGGUGGUGGUGCCGGAGGUGGAGGAGGAGAUGGAGGUGGUGGAGGUGAUGGUGGAGGUGGUGGAGGCGGUGGAGGCGGUGGAGAUGGAGGAGGUGGUGGAGCUGGAGGAGGUGGUGGUGAUGGAGGAGACGGUGGUGAUGGAGGAGGCGGUGGAGCUGGUGGAGGUGGUGGUGAUGGAGGCGAUGGUGGUGAUGGAGGUGAAGGAGGAGAUGGAGGUGGUGGAGGUGGUGGUGGAGGCGGUGGAGGCGGUGGAGGCGGCGGAGGCGGUGGUGGCGGCGGAGGUGGUGGUGGAGGUGGCGGUGCAGGUGGAUGGCUACCCAAUGGCUGUCCUGCCGACUUCAACGUGCACUGGCUGCUGCCACACACUAACUGCUCCCGAUUCUACUACUGCGUAAAUGAUCAAAAACGAGAACAAGAAUGCCAACCCGGCUUGCACUUUAACCCAGUUCUUCAGGUAUGUGACUGGCCCUGGAAUGCUGGAUGUGAAGGAGGAAAUGGUGGAGGUGGUGGUGGCGGAGGAGGAGGAGGCGGUGGAGGUGGUGGUGGAGACGGAGGUGGGGGUGGUGAUGGAGGAGGCGGUGGAGCUGGAGGAGGUGGUGGUGAUGAAGGCGGAGGUGGUGAUGGAGGAGGCGGUGGAGAUGGAGGAGGUGGCGGAGCUGGAGGAGGUGGUGGUGAUGGAGGAGGCGGUGGUGAUGGAGGAGGCGGUGGAGCUGGAGGAGGCGGUGGUGACGGAGGCGGUGGUGGUGAUGGAGGCGGAGGUGGUGAUGGAGGAGAUGGUGGAGAUGGAGGAGGUGGUGGAGCUGGAGGAGGUGGUGGUGAUGGAGGAGGCGGUGGUGAUGGAGGAGGCGGUGGAGCUGGAGGAGGCGGUGGUGACGGAGGUGGUGGUGGUGAUGGAGGUGGAGGAGGUGGAGGAGAUGACGGAGAAGGGGGUGCUGAUGGAGAAGGCGGUGCAGGAGGCGGUGGAGGAGGUGGUGGUGAUGGAGAUGGUGGUGGUGACGGAGGUGGAGGAGGAGAUGGAGGUGGUGGAGGUGGUGGUGGAGUUGGUGGAGGUGGUGGAGGCGGUGGAGGCGGCGGAGGCGGUGGAGGCGGUGGUGGCGGCGGAGGUGGUGGUGGAGGUGGCGGUGCAGGUGGAUGGCUACCCAAUGGCUGCCCUGCUGAUUUCACCGUGCACUGGCUGCUGCCACACGAUAACUGCUCCCGGUUCUACUACUGCGUAAAUGAUCAAAAACGAGAACAAGAAUGCCAACCCGGCUUGCACUUUAACCCAGUUCUUCAGGUAUGUGACUGGCCCUGGAAUGCUGGUUGUGAAGGAGGAAAUGGUGGAGGUGGUGGUGGCGGAGGAGGAGGAGGCGGUGGAGGUGGUGGUGGAGACGGAGGUGGGGGUGGUGAUGGAGGAGGCGGUGGAGCUGGAGGAGGUGGUGGUGAUGGAGGCGGAGGUGGUGAUGGAGGAGGCGGUGGAGAUGGAGGAGGUGGCGGAGCUGGAGGAGGUGGUGGUGAUGGAGGCGGUGGUGGUGAUGGAGGCGGAGGUGGAGAUGGAGGAGGUGGCGGAGAUGGAGGAGGUGGCGGAGCUGGAGGAGGUGGUGGUGAUGGAGGAGGCGGUGGAGCUGGAGGAGGCGGUGGUGAUGGAGGAGGUGGUGGAUCUGGAGGAGGCGGUGGUGACGGAGGCGGUGGUGGUGAUGGAGGUGGAGGAGGAGGUGGAGGAGGUGGAGGAGGUGGAGGAGGUGGAGGAGAUGACGGAGAAGGGGGUGCAGGAGGCGGUGGAGGAGGUGGUGGAGGAGGUGGUGGUGAUGGAGAUGGUGGUGGUGAUGGAGGUGGAGGAGGAGAUGGAGGUGGUGGAGGUGGUGGUGGAGGUGGUGGUGGAGGCGGUGGAGGCGGUGGAGGCGGUGGAGGCGGCGGAGGCGGUGGAGGCGGCGGAGGUGGUGGUGGAGGUGGCGGUGCAGGUGGAUGGCUACCCAAUGGCUGCCCUGCCGAUUUCACCGUGCACUGGCUGCUGCCACACGCUAACUGCUCCCGGUUCUACUACUGCGUAAAUGACCAAAAACGAGAACAAGAAUGCCAACCCGGCUUGCACUUUAACCCAGUCCUUCAGGUAUGUGACUGGCCCUGGAAUGCUGGUUGUGAAGAUGGAAAUGAAGGAGGUGGAGGUGGUGGCGGCGGUGGAGGAGGAGGAGGAGGGGGUGGUGGCGGAGGAGGAGGAGGUGGCGGUGGUGAUGGAGGCAAUGGUGGUGGCGGUGGAGAUGGAGGCAAUGGUGGUGGCGGAGGAGAUGGAGGCAAUGGUGGUGGCGGUGGAGAUGGAGGCAAUGGUGGUGGUGGCGGAGGUGGAGGAGGUGGUGGUGGUGGCGGAGAUGGAGGCAAUGGUGGUGGCGGUGGAGAUGGAGGCAAUGGUGGUGGCGGUGGAGAUGGAGGCGAUGGUGAGGGCGGUGGAGAUGGUGGCAAUGGUGGUGGUGGUGGAGGUGGAGGAGGUGGUGGUGGCGGCGGAGAUGGAGGCAAUGGUGGUGGCGGCGGAGAUGGAGGCAAUGGUGGUGGCGGCGGAGAUGGAGGCAAUGGUGGUGGCGGCGGAGAUGGAGGCAAUGGUGGUGGCGGCGGAGAUGGAGGCAAUGGUGGUGGCGGCGGAGAUGGAGGCAAUGGUGGUGGCGGCGGAGAUGGAGGCAAUGGUGGUGGCGGCGGAGAUGGAGGCAAUGGUGGUGGCGGCGGAGAUGGAGGCAAUGGUGGUGGCGGCGGAGAUGGAGGCAAUGGCGGCGGUGGUGGUGGUGGAGGCGGAGGUGGUGGAGGUGGUGGAGGCGGAGGUGGAGGAGGUGGUGGAGGCGGUGGUGGAGAAGGUGAAAUCAUAAUAGACAGAUGUGCUACAGAGUGCCACGUCUCUCAUUGGAGACACGAAACCGACUGCGAUAAGUUCUGGCGCUGCGAGAACAACAGGAAAGUGCUUAGCGUUUGCUCCGAAGGUCUCUACUUCAACCCGAAGGCCCAGACGUGCGAUUUCGCUUGCAAUGUUGAAUGUAACAGGUUCAACGUUCAAACGUCUGUUGUGGCUGACGGUGUUAAAGUGUUCCUCCCUUGGGGAAAAGUAAGCGCGUUGAAAGAGCUUUUUGAAUCAUAUGAGUAGGUUAUCAAUUUCCGUAGGAGUUAGGACCAUUUAGAUAUAUUAUUUUUACGCAAUUAUGAGAAAAAGGGCAGCAUCAGUUAUGAGCGGAAUCCGUGGUGGUUCCAACGGUAUUCUGAAGACCUUGUCUGAAAGACUAGAUAAUCCAUUUAUGAGAUACUGCGUUGGUUUGCACAUGCAAUCUUAGGCUGAGUUCUAUAGAUUGACUUUGCUCAAGCUUAAGACACUGUUAAAAAGAGACAGUGUUAUAUCACUGCCAUAAGUCUGUCUCGUUUUAACUGAAACUUAAGUUAAUAAUACAAAGAAAAAUGCAAUAAAAAAUCUAAUUUGAAUGAAAAAAGUUUAUUUCGAAGUUUAGUGGAUUUUGAUAUCAGAAUAUAGCGUUAAAGUGAGUCAAAUAAUUUAUCCAAAGUAGUUUCCAUACACAUUUUGAUUCCCAAUUAUUGAUGGAUUUGUAAAGUUAAUUACAUUAACUUAAAACUAUUAUCCUUAAUAGUUAAUGAAGGUGCUCAAUCCAAAAUUUGUUAGCUCAUUUCUUUAAAACCUGCUGAAAUUAUUAAUAUUAAGGUUCUAAUCAUGUAUUUAAAGCAUUUCUAAAUUUUAAAUACUUAACUGUAUUAUUUUAUUUUUUAUAUUAUGCAUAUUUAUUUGUAAAUAGGUGUUUAC